CAUAGCGAUCGGGGUCCUUCAAAUGUGUUUUGGAUGCAAUGAAAGCCGCAGUUUCCACAACUAUCCUUCUGAAUGCUGUUAGGGCUCGAAUAGAAUUAAAGUCUGCACUGGGUUCACAAGUGUUUGUUUCGAUAUUUAGCUACACCUGUCGUGUUCGCGUUUAUGAAAAUGUCCACACCUUCUGAAAAGCCUCAGAUUAUCUCACACAUUCACAAAAGCCUGAAUUAUACAGUGUUUGACAGCAAAUGGAUCCCAUGCAGCGCCAAGUUCGUUUGCAUGGGCAACUUCGCCAGAGGAACGGGAGUGAUGCAGAUUUAUGAAGUUGAACGUGGAGAGGUGCAUCUCGUUAAGGAGAUUGAAAAAGCCAAGCCUAUAAAAUGUGGGACUUUUGGUGCUACUUCACUGCAGCAAAGACACAUAGCUACGGGAGACUUUGACGGGAACCUCCACAUAUGGAACUUGGAAGUACCUGACGUUCCAGUGUACUCUGUGAAGGCGCACAAGGAGAUCGUGAACUGCAUUGAUGGCGUGGGAGGCUUGGGAAUUGGAGACGGAGCCCCUGAGAUUGUGACAGGAAGCAGAGACGGGACAGUAAAGGUUUGGGACCCCAGGCAAAAGGAUUUGCCUGUUGCUAACAUGGAGCCAGUCGAGGGGGAAGCCAGGAGAGACUGCUGGACGGUGGCUUUUGGCCACGCCUUCAAUGAUCAGGACCGGUGUGUGUGUGCUGGCUAUGACAAUGGAGAUAUCAAGCUCUUUGAUCUCCGAAACAUGUCCCUGCGAUGGGAAAAGAACAUUAAAAAUGGGGUAUGCUGCGUGGAGUUUGACCGGAAAGACAUCAGCAUGAACAAACUGGUGGCUACAUCGCUGGAGGGCAACUUUCACGUAUUCGACAUGCGAACCCAGCACCCGACCAAAGGCUUCGCAUCGGUUUCAGAAAAGGCCCACAAGUCCACAGUUUGGCAGGUGAGACACUUGCCACAAAACAGAGACGUCUUCAUGACCACAGGUGGAGCAGGAAACCUACAUCUGUGGAAGUACGAGUAUCCAGCUCAGAGGAGCAGGAAGGAUGCCGAGGAUGUGGACAUGGGGGUGGCCGGCACACUGAACCUGCUGCAGAACAUCACCUUGUCCACACAACCCAUCGCCAGCCUGGACUGGAGUCCCGACAAGCAGGGCUUGUGCGUCUGCUCGGCCUUCGACCAGGCCGUCCGCGUCCUCAUCGUCACCAAACUCAACCGCGUGUGAAGGGCACCUCGUUCUGCGGCCGUGUCCUCAGGGGGCCUGACCUGCUGAAGGUGUCCCCUGUUCAGAAGCCUCUCGUUCUAAGGAAUAGAGCAAGAUUUGCCCUCUUUGUUUCGUUUUCACUCUCACUCCAGUUUUAUUUUUAUAAAUUUAUCCUGCAUAACUUCUUUCUGCUGACUUGAAUUUUGGUCGAAUAACCAUCUGAUACAAGAUAGUUCAAUGGAGUAGCAGUUCUAACAAACUUCAGUUUUAAUGACAUCCAUACGUGGAAAUAUCCAGAAGCCUGAUAUGUAACUUUCCAAGUAUUCAGGCAACAGAACAAGGUUAUUUAAAAGAAUGUUCUUUGGUACAGAGAGAAAAUUAUUCUAAAAACAUGCAUUUCAGAAAUGUAUAAAUUUUCAAAUGCCAGCAUGAUAGGAUGUAAUUACAUUAUUAAAUUCACACACACAUCUUUAAAAAAAAAUGAGUUUGCCCUUAAGGGGAAAAACAGGUUAUAUCCAGCAUUUAAAACUGAAAAAGUCCUGCAGAUCUUUAUCUUCAACUGAUUUAUCGUGGACUCCAGCAUACACAGUCUUCAAGAGAUUUGUUUUGAAUUUCCCUUCAAGAAUAUCAAUGUAUUUUUCCAGACCACCUAUAGAAAUGAAAGGUGGAUAUUAGACAUGCAGGAUGUACUGCACUUGUCAAAAGGUUGGACACACCUACCCAUAGAAAGGUUUAUUUGUACUUUUCUCAUCAUUUUAGAAUAAUCAUAGAUAUCACAGCUAUAAAACAAUAUAUAUGGAAUUAUGCACUGAUCAAAAAAAGUAUUAAAAAAUAUUUAUUGAGGGGGCAACUCUGUGGAUUGGAUCUCAGAAGGUUGCUGGUUCAAAUUCCCAUGGUUGGCAGAGUGAUGCCACCAUUAGGCCCCCAAGCGAGGCCCUUAACCCCAAUUGCUCCAGUGACUGGCUGACGCUGCUUGUUCCGCCAUGCCAGUUCCAUGAGUUGGCCUCCUGUGAUGCUUUUCCAGCUGCCCUUGAGGAGGUCCCACAUAUGCUGAGCCCUCAUUGGCUGCUUUUCCUUCACUCUCUGGUCAAACUCCUCCAAAACCAUUUCUGCUGUAUUUAGGUCAGGCGGCCAGGUCAUGUGAUGUGACACAAUCACUCUGCUUUGUAGGCGGCUUGGCGUGUCCAAACUUUUGACCAGUAGCGCAUAGUUAAUGAUUGUUAGUAACGGCUCAAUAAAUGUUAAUUAUGUUGACUUGGA